GGGAGGCGCCGGCCGGAGCCGCCGCAGCACGGACACAUCUGGCCAGGGCCGGCGAUCCCGGGUGCAGCGAUGUCGGAAGCCGUGGAUCUGUCCUUCCUGUCGGACGUGGAGAAAGAAUUGAUCCUGCAGGUCCUGCAGCGCGACGAGGAGCUCCGUAAAGCAGAAGAGAGGAGGAUCAGGCGCCUGAAGAAUGAGCUACUGGAGAUCCGGCGCAAGGGAGCCAAGCGGGGCAGCCAGCGGUACAGCGAGCGGACCUGCGCCCGCUGCCAGCAGAGCCUGAGCCGUGUCAGCCCCAAGGCCAACACGUGCCGGGGCUGCAACCACUUGGUGUGUCGGGACUGCCGUUCCUACAGCCCCAACAGCUCCUGGCGCUGCAAAGUCUGCACCAAGGAGGCUGAGCUGAAGAAAACAACGGGUGACUGGUUCUUCGACCAGAGGGUCAACCGCUUCGCCAACCACCUGGGCAGCGACAUGGUGCGGCUGUCCCUGCGGCACAGGCCGGCAGCCAGCAAAAGAGAGACUGUGGGACAAACCCUCCUCCAGAAAGCUCAGCUUGGUGAGCCCAAAAGCUCCUCUGUAGCCCGGCAGCCGAGCCCCUCUGCACCCCGGGAGGGGUCCAGUUUGUUUCCAGAUGCCUCAGACCCUCGGGAUGGCAAAAGUGACACAGAGUCCAUGGAAAACAUGAGCCUGGAUGGCUACAGAUCUAGUCCUGGUGAUGGGGGGGGCAGGAGUAACUCUCUGGAGAGAGCCAUCCCUGGAAAACAGGUUGCUGCACCAGCAGGACCUGCUGCCUCCAGCCUGACCCUCCCUCUCCGCUCCAAAAACGCUUACUCUGACGGACGGGAUGCCACUGCGGGAACCCGCAGCAGCGCCUUGGUGGACGAACAUGAAACGAUAUUCAAGAAGAACCCCCGGCGGGUGGUGAGGCCUGCAGACUACACCAAGUCAGUGAUCGACCUGCGCCCCGAGGACUUCAUGGGGGAUGGUGGAUCUUUGGGGGACAGGAGCAAGUCGGUCCCUGGCCUCAACAUGGAGCUGGAGGAGGAAGAGGAGGACAUCGAUAACCUGGUGGAGAUCCAUCGUCAGCGGGUGGCCCGGGGCAGCAUGCGCAGUGGCACCUCCUCAAGCACGCUGGGGAGCAUGGUCAGCAUUUACAGCGAGGCCGGCGACUUCGGCAGCGUGGCGGUCACUGGAGGCAUCUCCUUCUCCCUGAGCUAUGAGCAGAAGACGCAGACCUUGUUCAUCCAUGUGAAGGAGUGUCGCCAGCUGGCCUACGGGGACGAGGGCAGGAAGCGCUCCAACCCGUAUGUGAAGACCUACCUCCUGCCUGACAAAUCCCGGCAGGGGAAACGCAAGACAACGAUCAAACGCAACACCAUCAACCCUCUGUACAAUGAGCUGCUGAAGUACGAGGUUAGCAAGUCCCUCCUGCUCACGAGGACACUGCAGUUCUCGGUCUGGCACCACGAUCGCUUUGGCCGCAACACAUUCCUGGGGGAGGUGGAAGUCCCACUGGAUGCUUGGAACUUUGACAGCCACCUGGAGGAGUUCCUGCCCCUGCAUGGCAAGACUGGGGCAGAUGCUGCUGGUCUCCUCCAGUACAAGGGAGAGUUGGUUGUCUCCAUGAAGUACAUCCCAUCUGUCAAGCACCCCGGGGCUGGGAAUGGCAGGAAAGGCAAAACGGGGGAAGGUGGUGAGCUCCAGGUCUGGAUCAAAGAAGCCAAGAACCUCACAGCUGCCAAAUCUGGGGGGACCUCAGACAGCUUUGUCAAAGGCUACCUCCUGCCGCACAAAAACAAAGCCUCCAAGAGGAAGACGCCUGUGGUGAAGAAGACCCUGAACCCUCAUUACAACCACACCUUUGUCUACAAUGGUAUCAACCCCGAGGACCUGCAGCACAUCUGCCUGGAGCUGACAGUCUGGGACCGGGAGCCACUGUCCAGCAAUGACUUCCUCGGGGGUGUCCGUCUGGGGGUGGGCAAUGGCAUGAGCAAUGGGCAGGCUGUGGACUGGAUGGACUCCAUGGGUGAGGAGCUGAACCUGUGGCAGAAGAUGUGCCAGUAUCCGGGCUCCUGGGCAGAGGGGACACUCCAGCUCCGCUCCACCAUGGCCAAGCUGAGGCCAUAGGCUGCAGCACCGGCACCUGGACUCGGCUGAGGGCUGGCACCACUGCUCCGGAGCCACUCUUACUGCAGGGCUUGGCAGGGCUGCCAAAUGUGGUUGUGUUAUUAUUUUUUCUUCUUUAAUAAACAUGACCUUCUCUAAA